UCAGCUGGGAGCAGAGAGACUCUGAGGGACAUGGGAGUCUGAGCAGAGCUGGAAGGGGUCGCUCUGUGCUGUAGGCUGCUCUGCUGCAGACCUGUUUCUGGAGGGAUUCAGAAGGGCUGGACACAGGAGACGGACACAGGAAUUUCCAGGUCACAAGGGUUCCUGUGGCGGAGCACAGGCUGGGCUGGUAUUUCCAACCUCACGGUCAUGAGAGUGGCAGAGUAGGACCAGGGAGGGAAUACACAUUGAGAGAAGGAGCGUUAUACACAAGAGGUUUUACUUCAGGGGUCCUAACCCCUCAGGAUGGGAUCCUCUGUGGAGUUUGCCUGUUUGCUGCUGGUGGUUUCCACUCUGGGAAAAAACCACUUGGUGUCUGCGGGUUGUUCAGGGAAAUGCUGCCGGGGUAGAGACCUGAGCUGUCUGACGACUGACUGGAGGAUGGAUCGUGUGUACGGGACGUGUUACUGCGACAAGGGCUGCGUCAGGACCCAGGACUGCUGCUUCGACUACUUCACAGAGUGCCCAGCUCAGGACUGUGCUGUGAGCGACUGGACCUUUUGGAGCGGCUGUGCUAAGCCCUGUCAGCCUUCAGUACGGGUCCGUGUCCGUCACGUAGAGCAGCAGCCCAGUAACAGCGGAGAGCCCUGUCCCAGCCUGCAGCAGCAAAGUGGCUGCAGGGAGUACAGAGACCACCAGGGCGGCCCCUGUGGACCCCACUCCGGUCCUGCAUUCAUCACCAGCAUGGAGUUUGGAAAGGGAAGGCCCAAACAUGACAACUAUGGAAACCCCCUCGACGCUGGGUUCUGUGUGGAGUUCACACUGGAGUCCCGGACCCCCCACUGCAGCGUGCAGAACCGGCCACACACACACUGGACACGCUACAUAACAGAGGGCUAUAAAGUGUGUGUGGCGUGUGAACCUCCUGCCAUGCGGAACAAUAGUGGCAGCUGCCAAGGAGACGGCCUGGAAUCACACAAAGAAGCUCUGCUCCACUGGCAGGCGGUGGGGAACCAUCAGUGCAGCGGGACGUGGAAGAAGAUCCAGAGAACCCAGCAGUGCGACUGUCCACCGCAGCACAGCUUCGUCUUCAUCUGAUCCAAACAAAGCUCCACAGAACUCUGAUCUGCUGUCCACAAAUCACAUUUCACAGCCAAGAUCCCCUCGUCAGUCACACUGAAACUGUUUCCAGAUCAGACGCUUCAAUGCUGCAGUCGCACGAGACUUAAAGGGAUAGUUGGGAUGUUUUGAAGUGUGGUUGAAUGAGGUACAUGUAGACGCAGUUUGGAGAAGCAGACAGGAAGUACCAGCAGGAAGAUAGCAUGUACUGCUGUGGACGUAUUUUAGACACCUGAAAAUAUGUGUUUCAGUUUAAGUGUGGUGCUGUUGUGCGACUUUGAUGAAUUCCAACAAAUCCUUUAAACCCACAAAGUCACAUAAGUCAAAAUAACCAAUGAAGCAGCGGCAGAACAACAACAACUCCUAAGUUCUGGGAGGUAAAGUCACCGUUUCCUCAAUGGAGUCUGGUGUGUUUGAAGAGAGCCUUCAGUUCCAGUCAGACAGGGCCGACUGACAGCGAGGUAAAGAGGUGAAAGUAUUCUAAAGAAAGCGUACACUUAAACUCAUUUGGAUUAUUUCAGGCGUCUAAAAUACAUCCACAGCAGCACGUUGUUGAGCUCCCUGCUGGUACUUCCUGUCUGCUUCUACAAACUACAUCUGACCCACUUGAAACAAUCCAAACUCUCCCUUUAAGACUCAGAUUUGUCCUGCAACGCAAUUAUGUUUCUAAUAAAUAUGCUACACAUUGCUAUAAAAGCAUCGCCACUGCACAUCGUUCUGUAUCACUGCACAUCAUGUAAAGCCACUGUUGCAACUUGUACAGGAUUUCACUUUUUAAGGACACAUUAAGCACCUAUCAAAGUUGACGUUGCAUAUUGUUUUGUAACAAGCCACUGUUGUAUUCGUUUAACAAUUUUAUGAAAAAAAAUGUUUAACUUAAAAUUAUAACAAUA